AUUUAAAAAAAAUUAAAAUUAAAAAAAAAAUUAUAAAUUAUAAAAAAAAAUAAGAGGAAAAAUUGUGCAACUCACGACGAUUUUCUCAAUCAACUUUUAAUUUAAAAUAUAUUGAGGUUCAACAUAUACAAUACAUAUAUGCAUGACUGUAUGUAUGCCAACAGUGCAAAUACUACAUUUGUUUUCGUACGGUUCUUUACAAACGCACACACACACAGCCACACAUCCGCAGACGCCCGUGUACAUUAUCUAAUUAAACAAAGUCGUCUUACAAGAUCACUGUGAUUACAAAUUACAUGCGGACACAAAUACCUGCAAAUAAAUAAAUAUACACGUCACCAAGUGCGGUGUUUACAUAUGUACAUAUGUAUCUACGAGUGCCUUCAUUUAAUUAAAAUUCGCCAAAAAGAUUCAGUCGCUUUCGUGCACCCUCCUUUUAACAGUCACGGGUAGUUUUUCGCAAACAAUUUUUUUGCCACUGCUUUUUUGGCUCAUUCGCCGCUCUUUACGCUCGCACUGACUUCUUGUUGUGGUUAAUGUUGUAAUUAUACAUCAUCAUUGGCGGUGCAUACGUCACGGUUUACGGGCCUUCCCUGUACGCCUUGUUCGCAAAAACGCGUGCUUUUCAAGUGAGAUCAACUGAAAAAAAAGAGUAAUAAUAACGGAAAAUUAUUAAACAAUAAACUGAUUGUGUAAUUAAAGUAGAAAAAUGCAAAUGAAACAAAGUUUAGCGCGCGGUCUGCUAAAUGAAUUUAAAUUGAGAAAAUUCGGCUUUAGUCACAAGCAAUUGGAUCAGUUCUACCAAUCUCAGUGGCAAAGCGGUACGCGUAGCAUUUGGUAUUUGCUUUAUAGAUGGAUGUGGGCGUGCUUCUUUAUUUCUGUAUUCAUAGUAUCCUUAGUAUUGCAAUUAUCCGCUGGCAAAUUCUUUAUCUUCUUGACAAAUUGGGGCCUAAUGGCAUGCAUGCUGAGCCAGCUAAGCGGUGCUAUACUCGCGACACGAUGGCAUUUCAAUUCGGGCGGCACGCGUAAGGAUAUAAUGGAGGCGCGCACCUUAAAGGAGCCACCGCCAACACCGAGACUAGUCAAAUUCUAUUGGCUGGUGCAUGGCGCAGCGCUCUCAUUGGCACUCAUCAUCACGACAGUUUAUUGGAUUUUCUUGCAUGGGAAGAUGGACAAACCCAAUCGUUAUCCAACAAUCAGUUUCAUAACACACUGCCUGAAUUCCGUAUUUAUGCUGGUCGAUUUUUGGAUUGUCGCGUUUCCGUUGCGUCUACUGCAUAUCAUCUAUUGGAUGAUGUUUCCCAUCAUCUAUUACAUAUUUACGGUCUUCUACUAUUUAGCUGGUGGUACCGAUGAAUAUGGCCAUCACUAUGUCUAUCCAAUUUUAGAUUGGACCAAUCCUAAACGCGCUGCAACUACAUUUGCUGGCGUUUUCGUAUUGUAUCUCAUCUAUGGUGUAGCAUUGUUCGCUAUUAGUAAGCUCAAGCGAUAUCUCUCUCGCACCGUCAACGCCAUGGAUAGUCCACAUGCCAUUGGUUUGAUUUAAAAAAAAAAUAAUAAAUGAAUUUCUCAUCUAUUUAAACAUCAUUCGCUACAUUUUAGUAUACGAUUUUUUUUAUUUCGAAUAUUUUUUUUUUAGUAAAUAUUGCAUAUAAACAUACAUGUACGAGGUGUGUUCA